GGACUGCCGGAACAGCUUGUGACAUUGCCGUAUUCACUCCGGAUCCAUAAUAGUGUAGAGCCACGGAGAUGGCGCGAGCCUACAAGUCAGCUUUGGUGCUUUGCAUGGAUGUGGGCUUCUCCAUGAGCAACUCAGGCCCUGGUCAGGAACUUGCAUUCGAGCAAGCCAAGAGAGUAAUCCAGAAAUUCAUCCAGCGCCAGGUUUUUGCCGAAAGUAAGGAUGAGUUGGGACUGGUCCUUUUUGGUACAGAUCACACUAAGAAUCCCCUUGCUGAAGAUGGCCAGUAUCAGAACAUCUCCAUAUACAGACAUCUGAUGAUGCCAGACUUUGAGCUGCUGGAGGAAAUUGAACAUCAGCUGCAGCCUGGUAGCCAGCAUGCUGACUGGCUAGAUGCUCUUGUUGUAUGUAUGGAUCUCCUACAAAAGGAAACUGUGGGGAAGAAAUAUGAGAGGUUAAAUAUCGCCCUGCUUACUGACCUCAACACGCUAGCAUGUGCUGAUCAGUUGGACGUCAUCAUUGGCAACUUAAAAAAAGCUGGCAUUACACUGCAGUUCUUUCUCCCAUUUCCUGUGGAUGCUGAUGCAGAGGGUGAUGGUGGAGGAGAUGGAGCAGGUCCACAGAAUCCACCCCCAGGGGGCAAAGGCCUUAGUAGGGAGCAGAAGCAGGGGCUGGAAAUGGUCAAGCAGGUCAUGACCUCUCUGGAUGAUGAGGAUGGCCUGGAUGAAGUCCAUACUUUCAGUGAAGCUGUGAAGAAGCUCUCUAUCUUCAAGCCCAUUGAAAGACGACCCAUGGCUUGGCCAUGUCAGCUAACCAUCGGCAGCUCCCUCUCUAUCCGUAUCAUCGGCUAUAAAGCUGUGUGUGAGGAGAAGUUUAAGAAGUCCUGGGCUGUAGUCGAAGCUGAGAGUCAUCAGAAAGAUGAUGUGAAAAGGGAGACGGUGUUCUGCCUUAAUGAUGACAAUGAGACUGAAGUGGAGAAAGAGAAAACCAUUCAGGGUUUCCAAUAUGGAAGUGACAUUGUGCCAUUCUCCAAAGUGGACCAAGAGCAGAUGAAGUACAAGUCUGACGGAAAGAGUUUUGCAGUGCUUGGUUUUACCAAGCAAGAGACAAUUCAUCGUCAUCAUUUCAUGGGUAAUCAGGUGCUAAAGGUUUUUGCUCCCAAAGAUGAUGAGCAUGCUGGUGUUGCUCUCUCCUCCCUGAUCCAUGCGCUAGACCGCCUGAAGAUGGUGGCCAUUGUUCGUUACGUUUACGACCGCCGUAGCAACCCGCAAGUCGGAGCUGCUUUUCCCUGCAUAAAACAGAAAUAUGAGUGUCUGCUGUAUGUCCAGCUGCCAUACAUGGAGGACCUGCGCCAGUUCACCUUCCCCUCACUAGAGAACAACAAGAAAUUCUCUCCCUCAGAGGCUCAGCUGUCAGCAGUGGAUGCUCUCAUCAGCUCCAUGAUGCUGGUGAAGGAGGGUGAAGAUGGAGAGAAAGAGGACAUCUUCAAGGUCAACAGCAUCCCCAACCCCCAGUUCCAGAGGCUCUUCCAGUGCCUGCACCAUCGGUGUGUGAACCCAGGUACCCCCCUGCCCCCUGUAGAGCCGUGGCUGAAGAGGAUGCUGGAUUGCCCCCAGGCUGUCUCUGCCUGCUGUUAUGACUUCCUAAAGGAGAUGAAGAGGUGUUUCCCCGUGAAGGAGGUGUUGCAGAAAAAAGAGCAGAAGACUAGCGCUGUUGUGUUUGGAAAGAAUGAUGAGCCAGAAGCUAAGAAACUCAAGUUGGAUGAACAGGACAAGUUCAGCCUUGGAGAGAUUUCCGAAGGAAAUGUUACCUCGGUUGGUAGUGUGAACCCUGCAAAAGACUUUCAUACUUUAAUUCAACAGAAGACCAUUUCUUUUGAGCAGGCAUGUGAGCAGCUGACCCACAGGAUAGAACAGUUGCUGGGCAACAGGCGCACCGAGUACUACAUGAAGACCAUCACCUGCGUCCAGGCCUUUAGGGAGCAGGCUGUCAAGACUUCAAAUGCAGAGCUUUUCAACAACUACAUGCAGUCUCUAAAGAAGCGUGUUCCAGACUGGAAUCUUCAGGAAUUCUGGGGUCUUCUUGCCCAAGACGCUCUAACACUGAUCAGCAAGGAUGAAGUGGAGAGUAGCUCAGUAUCCAAGCAAGAGGCAAACCAGUUUUUGCUGUUUGAAGAGAAUGUGGAGGCAGCGGCUGGGCCCACCCCAGAAGAUGGAGGAGACGUGGAUGACUUGCUGGACAUGAUGUGAAUGUGCCUCUAGCGCUUGGCUUCUUCCUUUGCUUCACCUUGCUCCUCUUCGUCAGAGCACCGUCUGGUGUUACCUCGAUUUUCAGUUUUUUUGAGAUACACGCUAAAUAUUCCAAUAUUCAGUGCUAAUCCCCGUUAUUGUUCCCUGUUAGCCAUGGUAGAAUUUGGAUUUAAAUAUUCCUUGAAUUGUUUUACUGCAAAAUGCUGUAAAUAAUUAUUUCGUCACAAUGGUGUACCAUUGAUGCCAGAAGUGUAACCUACUAUAUUUGCAAAUAAAAGUCUUGAUUAACUGAGUUUA